AUGGCUUCCUGCGUCUUGCUUGCCUUCGCUGCCGCAGUCUCGGCGACCAAUGCGCAGGAGACGCUACGCAUUGCGGGCUCGUCCACCGUAUUUCCAGUAGUCAAUGCGUGGUCGCAAACGGCACAGAUGCAGGCGUUGUACAACUUGAUCGUGGAAGGAGGUGGUUCCAGCACGGGGGCUCGCCGCCUUUGCGCCAACCGCACGGACCCCACCCACGUGGAUAUUGGCGACAUGUCAAGAGAUUGGAGAACUUCUGAAGCGUUACGGUUGGAUGAUGGCUACACGUUGGAGUGUCUUGCAUCCAAGCAGCGAGUGACACAGAUCAUCGUGGGCAUCGAUGGUCUUGGCGUUGUCGUGGCCAAGAACAGCGCCGGCCACAAUUGCGUCACUGACCCCACCAUGGGCGGCCUCACUCUGGCGCAGCUCCGGUGGAUGUUCACGGAUAUGACGGAUGCGCAGCUUGCCGCAGCCGGGCUGGACAUGACUUCGGUGCUUCCUAACAACGAUGGUGACGGCAUCAAGGAAUGGAGUGACCUGAGCCCGCAGUGUGAGGAGACUCCCAUCAACAUCUACGGCCCCGGCUCGGCAUCCGGCACUCACGAUUUCUUCGCUGAGGUGGUUCUGGAUGGCUUCGAGGACACGGAGAACUUCCCUACCUGCGACCAUACCCUGAACCAGGACCUCGAAGCGUUGACGGCACAGGCCGACAUUGAAAACUUCAUACAGACACAGCGUCCUGUCAACUGCUACAUGGAGUCAGAAAUCGACGAGAAGAUCCUGGAAUGGACCCUUACCGACUACGGUGGUGUGGCCUACUUCGGCUUCGCCUACUUUGCUCAGAAUUCCGCCACGCUGACUGUAGCUCGGAUUGCUCAGGACAAGGUGAAGGGUGUCAAGGACACGCUGGAUGCGAAGAUUGAGCCCUCGUCCUACUCCAUCACAGAUGGGUCCUACGCAGUCUUCCGGCGCAGCUUAUACAUGAACGUGGACAAUGAAGCCUGGGACCGCGCACAAGCUUUCAUGCAGUACGGCUUCACUAAUGCUGGUCAGAAGUCAGUCUCCGAUGUCGGCUACGUUGCCAUCAACGCCAACCUCAGGAACCGGAUGGAGCAACGGAUUGCGCAAAAAGGGAAUGCUCAGGCGGAUUACGUUCCCGUCGCGCCAGAGGUCUGCUUCAACGGAACCGAACUCUUCGAGGAGGAGUACCUGAACCAGUUCGGCAACCCAAAGAUUCGCUACAGCUGCAACGACUGCAUUCCAGGCUAUUUCAAGCAGUUGAACACUCCGACGAAGUGCAGAAAAUGCCAGGCCGGCGCGGUUACUUCCAUUGCCGGACAGUCGGCCUGCGACUUCUGUUUGCCAGGGACGUUCGCGGAAGAAGGCUCAACGAACUGCACAGCCUGCCCCAAGAACUACAUUGCAGCUGCUCCAGGUGCUGGCAGGUGCGAUGCUUGCGGCGCUGGCCACCAGACAGAGGACGCGGGCUCUUCAGCCUGCCUACGCUGUGGACUUGGCACAUACAGGACCACUUCUGACUCGGCGUGCCUCUCCUGCCCGCCAGGGCUCACGACGGCAUUCAUGGCAGCAGAGAAGCUCGAAGACUGCGUCUGCGAGGCAGGCACCUACCGCAACGUCUUCGGCACCUGCGAGGCUUGCCCAGAGGGCAUGACUUGCGCGGUUGGGAGUGGCAUGGCCAACUUCUACAGCGGGAACACUACGUCCUACUCCGUCGACGCGCCCUAUCCUCAGGUCAAAGCAGGCUACUACACGACGUAUGAUGACCCUCUUUCGGUCUACAAAUGCCUGUCGGAGGACAUCUGCCUGGGAGGUGAACCAGAGACGUGUGAAGGUGGACGGGUCGACCUCGUGUGUUCAAGUUGCCUGCCUGGAGAAGAAUGGAGGGGUGGCAAGUGCACUGCAUGCACAGGCUCAAGCGGUCCGCUGUUUCUCUUCCUCGGCGGUCUCGCAGGCUGCUUGUGCGUCACCUUCAUGCACGUGAUGACAAAUUGGCCAAUGGUCAAGGGUAACAAGACAGUCAUGACGGCGGUCUACUUCUGCGGCAUGGCGGCCACGGUGGUACUCACCUUCGGUGUCUACGGAACGCUAAACGCUGUUUGGGGUCCGCCCAUGAGCUCGUUCCUCCCUAACUUUGGCAUCCUCUCGCUCGACAUGGACUUCUUGUCAUUCUCUUGUGUGAUGGGUCGAAAGUCGUUCACAGCUGAGUAUGUGUUCAAGCUUGUUGCCUUCCCUGUCCUGCUCUUGGUGGUGGUCACGGGGUCCUUCCUCCUGCAGCACGUUCCGAAGUUGAAGCGGUAUGCCUCUUUCAACCGUUCUGCGAUCCUCAAUACUGCAGGAUUUUUGAUGUCCGCGUUGUUCGUCUCGGUGAGCCUGAUGAGUUUGGAGGGGUUUCGCUGCAAAGCCAAUCCCAACGGGAAAGCAAUUCUCCAAGCAUUCGGUGCCAUGGUGUGCUGGGAGGGCGGAGAGCACAACACUCUGUUGGUAUUGAGCGUGAUUGCCAUCCUCUGCUAUCCGGUCACUUAUCUGACCUUCACAGGGAUCGCCUCAUUCGGGUUCGGUGCCCUCUCGGUGAAGUACGGUGUCGGGUUCACCACCGCUGUCCGCUUCCUGUCCGGAAGGAUGCAACCCGACUGCGUCAUGUUUGGCUUCUGGUGGAAUGUGCGGAAUUUCAUGAUCUCGCUGGUGCCGGUGAUAUCAAGCAACAAUUAUGGCGGGCAGAUCAUCCUUCUCGUGGCUAUCUUCGUAUUGUGGCUAAUCGGACAAGCCAAGUCUCAAUGCUGGCGCUUUGAGCUCCUCAAUCUCUUGGACAUGAUAGUCAGUGGCGUGCAGAUCAUGCUGUUGUGCUUGUUUGGCCUGCUGGCUGACGAUUCCAUUGACCGUGCCCUGGUGGGAUGGUGUAUCAUCACCAUCUUUGUCUGCGUUGUCCUGCUGCUGUUUGCGAUGGCGUCCAUCAAGAUUGUCCUCCACAUGCGCAGCAAGACGCACUACGACGUCUUCCUGACGCACCAUAAGGCUGCUGCGGCGCUGUCUGCCAGGCACCUGAAGACGCUGUUCAACAUGUGCUCCACUCUGAACGUCUUCCUGGAUGUCGAUGAGCUCGACAACUUGGACAACCUCAGCUUCGCUGUGAAGCACACGCGCAAGCUGUUGGUGAUGCUGACGAGCGACGUUCUUCGAAGGCCUUGGUGUGCCGUGGAGAUCGGUACUGCCUUCCUCAACAAGGUGCCACUGGGCGUUGUGGACAUCAAUCUGGACGCAGUCGAGCUCUCUGACGAGUUUAUCACCGACGUGACAAAGUCUUUUAGCUCUGCAGAUAUCGGCAUCUUUGCCAAGAGUGGGAUUACUGUGGAGGACCUGGGCAAGGCAUAUCGAUACCUGGCAACACUCCCCAGGACGCGCUUUCAGCUCUCGAUCCCCUUGGAGCAGAUGCAGCUUGACUCGACACUGGCAGCCGCUGGACAGGAGCUUGCUGCUUGGAUGAAGAAGCCGAAGGUGGUGCCUGUGGAUCCGGAGAAGUUGGUCUUCAUCGUAUUCAACACGCGCGAUGAUGCUCAGUGCAGCGUCGCUUUCCUUCUCAGGCAUCUCUUCCGGCAGCGACGCUGGAACCCUCGCCUUUUCUGCCCUGGCAGAGAAAUGAUGCAGCGCUCCAAAGAUGGAUCCUUCAAGCUGCAAGACCCCUCUGCAGCAAUGGACUUCGGGGACGUCCUCCCGAUGCCGAACAAGGCCGUGGCUGUGGUUUUGAUGUCAAAGGGGUUGCCCUUUGAUCCUGUUGCCUUGGGUGCAGCAGCCAGCAUCAGGCGUGCAGGCCUCGGCGCCCUCACGGUGCUGAGCCAGGAGUCCUUCUGGAAGCCAGACGAGGAGUACUUUCAUCUCCUCCGCAGCGGUUCUGUGCUGCAGCCUGCGGAUCUGCCAGUAGUGAGCCAGAUCGUCCCAGGAUAUUCAUUCACGGAGCUGGCUGACGCCUUGGCACCUCUCUACAAGAUUUUGGCGUGGGCUGUCAGCCCUGAGCAGAAUCAGAACCUUCUCCGCCAAGAGUUCAGCAUCAUCGAGGAACGUGCCUCGAAGGAGCUCGAACGCCGAAUCAUUAAGGUGGAGGAGAGAGGAUCCAGGGCUUCUGAGUGCUUCCCGCCCGGAGGCACGCCCAAGAGCUCUUUGGUGGAGGCACCGGCAGAGCAGCCCCCUGAAGAACCAACUGGUGUCGAUGCGGAAGAAAAGCGAGAGGUGCUCUCCGAGGAGUUCUGA